AUGGAUUUAAAACAUUUAAUCAGCGAACGUGAAUCUAUUAAAGGUAAAAUCACACAAAAUAAAGUAGAAAGUUAUACACCCAAAAAAAAUGAAAAAGAAAUUCCAGAUCAAGAAGAUAGGAACAAAGUAGAAAUUUAUUAUCGUAAAACUAGGAGUCAAUUAGCUAGAGCAAUCAAAAAAUUAACUAUAUCUGAAAGUAGCUGUAAUGAGUCAGUUAGGGAAAAAAGAUUAGAUUCAAACUACAACUCAGGUACUAGAUUACCUGAAAUAAAAAUAAAAAAGUUUUCAGGAAAUCACACUGAAUGGGAAAGUUUUUACAACUUGUUCAAAACUAGUGUUCUCGAAAAUCCGCAACUAAAAUCAGAUGCUGAGAAAUUAUAUUAUUUAAAAAGUUAUUUAGAAAGUGAUGCACUACAUAUUGUAGACGUUUUACAAGUGAACGAUAGAAACUUGCAAGUAGCUAUAAACUUGUUAAGAGAAACUUAUGAAAACAAAACAAAAAUUGUACAUGUAUAUUUCUCCGAAUUAUUGAACAUACCGCAGUUAAGUAAGCACAAUCCUACCGAACUUUCAAAAUUUGCUACUAUCUGUAGGCGUAACUGGACACUCCUACAGAAUCUUGAGCUUGAUCACAAAGUUUUAUUAGAGGCAUUAAUAACUUAUCUUUAUCAACAAAAAUUAGAUUAUGGUUUCAAAAAAGAGUUUGAAAAAUGCAGGAACAGGGAUACCUUACCAACAGUAGAUGAACUUUUACAAUUUCUUAAAGAGGAAAUUGAAAUACUCGACAAUGCCACUGGUAAAACUAGCCAAUCGCAAACUUCGCAAAACUCAUUUUCGCACAAGAGGUCACAAAGUAAAGUAGCGUUUCAUUCGCAAUCACAACCAAAGUUCAAUAAAAACUCAAACAAUCAAUCAUCUCAUCUUAAGAAUAAUUCGAUUAAACAAAAUCAAAACAUGAACGGAUGCGUUAUGUGUUCAGACACUGCACAUAAAAUUUAUACCUGUGAAACAUUCCUAUCGUUGCCCAUUACUAAGCGUAAUGAAUUUGCCAAAACCAAAACAUUGUGUGACAGGCCGUCCACAUCUCAAAGCAUCCAAGAAAAUCAAGCACGUCCAAAUUCGUCUAGUCUAUCAGCUCUCUCGAUAAAAAACAACUUAGUGUUGUUAGCAACUGCACAAGCAACAAUUUAUAAUCGACAGAAUCAACCUGUUAAGGUAAGAAUUCUUCUGGAUAAUGGAAGUCAGAAUUCCUUUAUCAGCAAAGAACUUGUACAAAAACUCAACUACACCCCGUAUAAGAAAAUCUUAAACAUUUCAGGUAUAUCUGAAACUAGUACUUUGUCUAACGAAAUGUUGGACAUAGUGCUACACUCAAAUGUUGACCCCUCGAAGAACUUCGAAAUCUCUUGUGCUGUACUCGAAAAAAUUACCACGACUAUUCCGCAAGUGAAAAUGAAUGUAGAUCACAUAACAAUUCCUUCGCGGAUUGUGAACAAAUUAGCUGACAAAACUUUUGCCACACCCGGUAAAAUAGAUCUCUUAAUAGGAGCAGAUGUUUAUUAUGAAUUGUUAACUUAUGGUCUCAUCAAACUAGGUAACGGCCUACCUACUCUCUUUAAUACCCAUUUGGGUUACGUUAUCUCGGGAAGACUGAACUCCCAACAAGAAUCAAAAAACCCACACGCUAUCUCGCAUCAUGUAGCCAGUGAAACCGAAGACCCUAACCCGGACACUGAAUUACAAAACACUCUCUGCAAAUUCUGGGAGAUCGAAGAACUCCCAAACCUAAAAUCUCUAUCAACCGAAGAUGAACUGACAGAAUUCAUCUUCAAAACCACAACUAAAAUUCUCCCGAACGGACAUUUCCAAGUGGAUAUUCCGUUAAAGUCCGUCACAGAACACAAAAAGUUAGGUGACUCCCUCGCAGUUGCCAAAAAGAGAUUUUUCUCUUUAGAAAAACGCUUACAACAAAAUCCCGACCUCUAUUCGGAAUAUAAGAAAUUUAUUCAUGAAUACUUAUCUCUAGGACAUGCGAAAUAUGUACCACUAUCGUCGCAAAAUUCACGUUGCGAAAACAAAUAUUUUAUCCCUCACUUGCCAGUUUAUCGACAAGACCGAGUUACGACUAAGCUGCGAGUCGUAUUUGAUGCUUCUUGUAAAACCAACUCUGGUUAUUCAUUAAACGACAUUUGUCUCAAAGGUUAUCAAACUCAACCCAACCUAUACGACAUAUUGUGUAGGUUCAGAACCUUCAAAUACGCGUUGAUAGUUGAUUUGGAGAAAAUGUUCAGACAAAUUCGAAUAAAUCCCAAAGACCUAUUCCUCCAAAAUAUUUUGUGGAGAGACUCAGCAAAAGAACCAUUAAAAUGCAUUGAAUUACAAACAAUAACUUACGGUAUGAAUUGUAGUCCAUUCCUCUCAACGAGAGUUCUGAAUGAGAUUGCAAGUACCAAUAAAAAUCUCCCUCUAGCCUCCGACGCUGUUCUUACGCAGACGUAUGUAGACGACAUUUUAACAGGGUGUGAUUCAACCGAAUCCCUUGAAAAACUCUAUUUGGAACUUAAAUCAAUGCUUGAACCAGCUGGUUUCCACUUGCACAAGUGGGGAUCUAACUCUCAAACCUUUCUAAAAAAGAUAUCGCAGACUCGAAUAACUGAAUUUGACAUAAAUUUAGAUCAAUCUCCGUCUAAAGUCUUAGGCGUAAAAUGGAAUCCCAUAAGUGAUGAGUUCCAAAUAUCGGUACCCACUGAACUCGUCAGUGAGGACAAUAUCACCAAGAGAAAUAUCUUAUCACACAUUUCACAGUGCUACGAUCCUCUGGGGUUUGUAAACCCCGCUAUCGUUAAGGGAAAAAUGCUAAUGCAAAAAAUCUGGAAAUUAAAGUGCAACUGGGAUGAUAAGAUCACCGACAAAGAAAUAAAUAGGAAAUGGCAAGAAUUUCUAAGCACCAUCUGCCAAAUCAAGGACUUAAAAAUUCCUCGUCUUAUCUUCAAUAACAAAGAAAUAAGCAAAAUCGAACUUCACUCCUUUUCAGAUGCGAGUACUGAAGCGUACGGCGCAUGUGUCUACAUUAGAACUAUCUACACUGAUAAAACAGUUUCAUGUGUACUGAUAUCAGCAAAAUCACGCGUCGCACCUCUGAAAACUAUCACAAUUCCCAGACUUGAACUCUGUGGAAUGCUAUUAUCCGCGAACCUGACUCAAGGAGUCAAAAACAUUUUGGAACCUAAAGUCGACAUAAACUCAGUUAACUUAUGGACGGACUCUCAAAUUGCACUGUGUUGGUGCAAAAGCCACCCAAGUCGAUGGUCGACAUUCGUAUCAAACAGAGUAGCGAAAAUACAAGCGCUAACAACAAAUUUCCAAUGGCGGCACGUAGGAUCAAGCGAUAAUCCCGCUGACCUGCUGUCGCGUGGAAAAUUCACACCUGAAAUCUACUCCAUGUGGUUUAAUGGACCCAAAUACCUCAAUGAGUUCAGUUCAGGUUUCCCCCAAUACGAGAUUAAUAAGAAUCUCGUUACGUACCUGAGGAAAGGAAGGUAUCCCUGA